AUGGGAACACAAAGAGAACUUCCGAAUGUCAUGGAGCCACAGAACCCUGGAGGGCAUCAAGGAAAGAAAGAAAUUUGCCUUUAUAAUCCUCACCACCAUCAAAUUCCAUUCAGCAGACUCCAGUACGACCUGGUAUCAUGCAGGAGACAGAACCCCAAGAAAGCCAAAAAGAUGGCUAGCUGGAAAUAUAAUGCCUGCCACAUAGUUCCCAUAAAAAAGCUGGAGGAACAUGAGGCUGUAUGUGUUAACAGAAGCUCUGUGGAGGAAGAGGACACAAGAGGACAUCUUGGCCAUCUGAAAAUUAGUCUUCUGAGUUCAGAGCAGAAUGAGGAGCCCCUGCAGGUCUCCCCCUGGCUUCCCAACCCUGAUAUCUGGAACGUUGAUGCCACCAAUUGCCACCCUAAGUUUGUCCUAAAGGCUUUUGUUCCCAAAAAGCUUGUUUGUGCUAGUGACACAAGAGAGCCAGAGAGGGAGGAGACCAGGCUCCAGAAGAUCCUCAGACUAAGAGAGUAA